CUCUUCCUCAGUCCUUAUUAUAACACUGACACCAUGGGACGCACAAAAGGUGUACGCGCGGGAACGCGUGAUAUGUUUUCUCGGGGUUUCCGCCAGAAAGGUCCCGAGAAACUUUCCACAUACUUGUUCUGCUACAAGGUUGGAGACAUCGUUGACAUCAAGGUGAACGGUGCUAUCCACAAGGGUAUGCCCCACAAGUUCUACCACGGAAAGACCGGAAUCGUGUACAACGUAUCCCGAACUGCCCUUGGUGUAAUCAUGAACAAGCAAGUUGGAAACCGCAUCAUUAAGAAGCGUAUCAAUGUUCGUGUUGAGCACUUGAAGCACUCCAAGUGUCGUGAGGAGUUUUUGGUCCGAAAGAUCGAGAACGAGAAACGUAAGGCGCAGGGUCGUGUUGAUGGUGUAAAGGUUGAUACCAAGCGUUACCCCAAGCAGCCCCUUCCCGCACACACUGUUAAAGCUAAGGGUAGCACUCUAUCCAGAAUCAGCGCUAUGCCAUAUGCUGGUUUGGAGUAAAUACUUCUGGUGUAUAAUAAAUGCCUUGUAGUGUUAUAUAACAAGUGUUUGCACCCGA